AUGGAUUACCGUCCAGAGGUGCAGCCUGUGGUGGAGGAGCCCAGCCCUCAGAUGGAGCUGAAGAAGGGGAUGUCCAUUUUUAUUGACAUUUUACGGAGAGCGGAUAAAAACGAUGACGGGAAGCUGUCCUUCGAUGAGUUCAAAGCCUACUUCUCUGAUGGCGUUCUGACAGCAGAGGAACUUCAGGAGCUUUUCCACACCAUUGACACUCACAACACAGACAACGUGGACACAGAUGAACUCUGUGAGUACUUUUCCACGCAUCUUGGCGAAUAUGAGAAAGUUCUUGCUGCCUUAGAAGACCUGAAUAUAUCCAUACUGAAGGCCAUGGACAAAACAAAGAAGUAUGAGGAGGUGGCGUCGCUGUUGUAA